CUUACGAUGAAAGUUCUAUCCCUGAUUGCUCUAAUUCACUCUUGAUACUAUAUGAGUGUAUGUUGUGAUAUAACGGACCUCGAAUAGUUCAGGUGUUAAAAGCUAAAAAUGUCGUUGUUUAAUGAGCUGGAUAAGCUCAUAUCCUCUCAAAAGAACCCACAGGUUGAUCCCAACGAGUUCUUUACUUCGCUCGGCGCACCAUCCGUGUCGAUUGCCGUUCUCGAUCAUGGUGAAAUCUCGGCUCGGUGUUACUCCACCAUCGGAGAUGGUACCAACACGCGUUUCCAAGCCUGCAGUAUAUCCAAGCCCGUCACUGCUUUGGCGGUCAUGAGACUCGUGGAUCAGGGCCGACUGAAACUAGAGGACAAGAUAGCACGAUUCUUACCACAGAUCAUAGUCGAUAAUCUUGGGCCUGCUGCCUUGGUCCAAGAGAUCACCAUUGAGCAUAUUCUGAGCCACACUGCUGGGCUGACGACCUCAGGUUUUAUAGGCUAUAGUGAUGCUGACCAUCCGAGCCCCACUGAAGUCGUGCUCGGGAGGCAUCCUGUCAACUCCAUGCCAGUUCAGGCAGUCGGAGUGCCAGGGCGGCAAUGGUCAUAUUCGGGUGGAGGGUACAGCCUUCUGCAGAUCGCGCUGGAGAACCUCACCUCGCAACCGUUCACCGAGCUGAUGGACGAGCUGGUGUUGCGACCACUCGAGAUGAAUGACUCCAACUACGGAACGCCGGGAGAUGGGGUCAAAUUAGCACCUUCGUAUUGGACCGGUGUUACGCCCAGCCCACACUGGCAUUAUUUUCCCGAGUUGGCGGCUGCUGGACUCUGGACGACUCCGAGUGACUUAUGUAAGGUUCUCCAUGCCGUACAACGGUCCCUCAGAGGAAGCGACAGCUCUUUCUUGAAGACGGGUACAACGAAAAGGAUGCUCACGGAGGUCGAGUCUAAUCUGAUGGGUCUGGGGUGGGUUGCACCGAAAGACCCGGGCACCUUCUUCGGUCAUACCGGAUCCAACGACCCAGGAUACAGAUGUAUAGCCAUGGGGAUUGCCGACCUUGUAGGCCAAAAAAAGGACUUCCUGAACGGGGAGUGCGGCAUCGUCGUCAUGACCAACUCAUCUUACGGUACCCUUCCGGCAUACACGGCCCUGCAAACUAUCAACUACCUCAAGGGAUGGCGUCAGGGGGCCAUCAUCAGCCAAAGCACGUGGUUCGUCACGCCAAUGAAAUUACACAACCAUGAGACCCGUGGAGACUGGAAGGACUGGCAGGGUCGAUGGGUAGAGAAAUCCGACGAAUGGACGAUCGAAGCUGAUAGCGAUGGGCAGCCGCAGGCGCGCUGGCGUGAAAAACAGCCAAAUAGGCUGCUACCUGCUGCCAUCUGUUCCAAAGUGUUUGCGGAAGGAGAAUCCCUGGACUUGGUCUUGGAUGGUGUUGGGGCUAUGAUGCGGCUGGGUUGGAGAGACGGGGAACGGUCUAUUGAUUACAUGGACGGUUUGACAUACGAUGUCACGAAGCUGUCGAGGGCUAAAUCGCCCGUGCCCUCCUAAGCCAAGAGUUGAAAAUACCUGUAAUACGUGGUUAUAAAAAGAGACAGAACGCUAAUAAAAUCAUUAUUUAAAAUCCCA